AUGGACGACGACUCAGAUCUUUUAUUGCUCUUUGUGCUCUCUCGUCGACAGUCGCAGGGCACAAUCAAAAGACAACGUAUUCACAAUGCAUUCUUUCCCUUCGAAAUGUUUGACAACAACAACAAAGGAAAGGACGCGUCCGCGUUCAGUACUCAUGAACCGGGUUGGGUCAAUAUCGACCUCGAACCGCACUGCGCCGAAGCUACUGUUAUUGGUCAAGGCCCCGGGUGGAAAAACUUCGAUCUCGAAGCCAGAACUCCUUCCAAAAAGCGCUUGUGGCGCGGUGGUAGAACGUCCAAGAUUGUCGUUGGUGUCGCUGUUGUUGCAAUGUUCCUAACGGCGAUUUUGGUGCCAACGGUUGUCGGGGUAAUGAAGGGGGAAGGCAAAGGAAAACAGUAG